CCCCGAUCUAACUUGUUAUUAAUUAAUUUAGAAACUUUCUUAAACUUUAAAUCAAAUGUAAAUUAAUAUUUUUUUUCAUAUUACCAUAAACUUUAAUAUUUAUGUAUAACAGUUGAGUGAAUCAAUAAUUACAAUUGCAAAAAAGGCAAUUUCUAUAAACUUGUACAAACAACUAAUGCGCAUGAUUGAAAGUACGAAAGAUAUAGUAUAAAGUGUGAAAAAAAUGGAUGAACCACGAGCUGCAAUUUUGCAAGAUUUACGGAUUCAAUCGUUCGAUACUAUUCGUUUUGCAUCAUAUCGGACAGCUUGUAAACUACGAUAUGUACAGAAAUCAACUUACUUACAUUUACUCGAUAUCUGGAAUGUGAUUGAGGCUUUUCGCGAAAAUGGUUUGAAUACACUGGAACCAACUAAUGAAGUUAGUGUCGCUAGAUUAGAAACAUUGAUAUCAUCUCUGUACCAUAAUCUUAACAAACGUCUUCCAACGAACCAACAAAUUGCUGUUGAUACUCAAGCUGGAUUGCUGCUUAACUGGUUACUGUCUGCAUACACAAAUGACAACUCCGGAAUUCGAGUGUUUUCCAUUAAAGUGGCACUCGCUAUCAUGUGUGCUGGGAAAUUAGUUGAUAAAUUACGAUAUAUAUUUUCACAAAUUUCUGAUGGCGCUGGACAAUUGAUUCACUGGAAAGCAAUUGAUUUUCUUCGCGAAGUUUUGGCUCUUCCAGCAGCAGUCUAUGAAUCACCAACUUUUAAAUAUGAGGAUGGUAUCGAAAAUGAAUUGUUUUCAAUAGAGAAUAAAAUUACAGUAAAUCAUUUUAUUGAGGCAAUAGUUGCAGAACCAGGGCAUUCAUGUUUUGUUUGGCUCUCUUUAUUGCAUCGCCUUGCCACCGUUGAAAAUAUAGUUCAUCCAAUAAUAUGCUCAUCAUGUAAUCGUGAAAAUUUUAUCGGAUUUCGUUAUCGUUGUCAGCAUUCACGCUGUCACAGUUAUCAAUUAUGUCAAGAAUGCUUUUGGACUGGUAAAAUAUCACAAAAUCACCAAAAUGAUCACGAAGUUAAAGAAUACUCUUGUUAUAAGAGUCCUAGUAAGCAAAUUGGCCAUUCAUUGAGAAAAAGCUUUCGUUGUGUACCAGAAAAACAAGCCAGCAGUGCGUUUUUACCUAAAUUUCCUGAGUCUGAGAAAACAUUAAAUUUGAGUCAUAUUGUACCCCCGUCACCUUUACCAUCACAUCAUAAUAACGGAUGUGCAGAUGGAGUAUUUGAUAGAUGUAGUACAUUAGAUUCUAGAACAACAGGAAGAUCCUUAGAUAGUUCAAUGAUGAAUACAAUCGGUGAACAAAGUACGCAGAGGACUUUUAAUUCAAAUGAUGAUCCACAUACUAUGAUGGCUCGUUAUGCAGCUAGAUUAGCAAAGGACGGACCAAACGAGUUAUCACCUGGGAUAAAUGAAUCAACAACACAAAAAUCACAGCGUGAAUUGAUUGCACAACUAGAAUUAAAAAAUAAAGAAAUUAUGCGAGAAAUACAGAAAUUAAGGCAACAAGAACAAGAUACACCGAACCAAGAUAAUCCACAGCUUGUGACCGAACUGCGAGCUUUACGUCAAAGAAAAGGAGAAUUGGAAGGGCAUUUAGGCGCAUUGCAAGAUUCUAGAAGGCAAUUAAUGCAGCAAUUAGAAGGACUUAUGAAGCUGUUAAAAAAUCAUCAAACACAAUCACCAAAAUCAACUCCAAAUUCUAGUCCUCGUUCUGGAAAAUCACCACCUAUUCCUCAAGGUUCUCAAGCACAACAAUCUUCUAAAAUUGGAGCGAUAAAUUCUAACUCUCAGCACCAAACCCUUAAUCAGCAUUUAAAGCAACAACAGCAAAACGAAGACUUUGAAGAAACCCAAUUUAAACUGCAAAAAGGAAAUGGAAAUUGGCAAGAACAGUUUGCUCAAUGGAACCUAAACAAUUAAAUUUUGUAGUAUCAUUUGAACUAAAUUUUCAAAUAUUUAUUUAGACUGCUUAAUAUUUAUGAUAGUCGACAAAUUUGCAUCUAGAGAAAGUUUUUAAAAUUUAUUUGAUUAAGAUUUAUCGCAUUCUUAAGAAUUUAUUUUCUAAAAGGUGGCUUAAUAAUGCACUCUAAGGUAAAACAAAAAUUUUAGCUAUAAAUUUAUCUAAUUAAGAGAAAAAUUGAUUCAAAUCAAAUUUUUUGUACAAUUUUAUCUGUGGAAUCACCCAAAUCUGUGGCGUCAAAUUAUAAACGAUCGAAACUUUAAAAUUUCUUGUCGAUUUUUUUACUAAACUUAACUAGGUUUUCAGUUCUUGUAAUAUAAUUUUUCAUUUCAUAUCUCCUAAUUCAUUUAUCUAAGCACAAAUUAUCCUUUUAGUUAAGAUAUUUUGAUUAUUCAAUCCGUUGCUUUGUGACCAAAAAUGGAAUUUUGUACAAGUUUAACAGGGGAAUUCAAAAAUGCAUACCCAAUCCUCGUUUUUGCAGAAUUAAAUGCAUAUUAAAUGAAAGAUUAAGAUCUGUUCUUCAAUAUUUAUGCCAAUUUAUGCUACAAACUCCUGCAAAAAAGCUUAUUUUGCUAGAAAAAUCGAUUCUUCGAACGUCAACUUUAUGUCACAAAGAAACGCAAGAGCUUAAAUUUUGCUAAUCCAUGAGAAAAUUACAAAGUUUUUGAAUUGAAAAUUCUUAAAUUCGGUAUUUUAAAGCAAUAUUCUGUACAAAUUUCAUUAAAAUCGAAAGCGAAUUGAUAAAUUUCCAUUGUUCUUCGAGUAAAAUUUUUGUGGUAGUCUUAGUAAUAUUAAAAAUCUGUAACAGUGUUGCAAAUGUAGAUGUCUACACUAGAUGAAGAAUGUAGAUUCUUCAAUAUUUUUUGUCUAGCUAAGAAACUUUCUUCAUAAAG